AUGGCUUUAUUAGAUUUUUGCCGUCUGGACGAGAAAAUUAAUUUAAAACCUGUCGAUUCACUUGCUUCAUUUAAAAACGAUGUCAUUGGGUAUAGUCAAAAUUUUAUUAACAGCGCUCAACUAGCGAUUCCACCGUUUGCAAAUCCAGUAGAAACUUUAGCACAGUUCAAUACUAAAGACGAGACCGGACGGGACAUAAAAAUUGAAUUCGAUCACGGUACUACCACUCUUGGAUUCCGGUAUAAGGGUGGAGUACUGUUGGCAGUAGAUUCCCGAGCCACUGGUGGCCAAUUCAUUGGAUCACAAUCUAUGAAGAAGAUUGUAGAAAUUAAUGAUUAUCUACUUGGCACCUUGGCUGGAGGUGCAGCUGACUGUGUCUACUGGGACAGGGUUUUAGCGAAACAAUGCCGUUUGUAUGAGCUCCGCAAUCGUGAGCGCAUUUCCGUAGCUGCUGCAAGUAAGCUCAUGGCGAACAUGGUCUACAACUACAAGGGCAUGGGCCUAAGUAUGGGUAUGAUGCUUGCUGGUAUUGAUAAACGUGGCGCGCAAUUGUACUACGUGGACAGUGAAGGCACCAGAACUCCUGGAAAAGUGUUCUCUGUAGGUUCUGGUUCAGUUUAUGCCUUUGGUGUGCUUGAUUCUGGCUACAAAUGGGACCUUGAAGAUGAGGAAGCUCAAGAACUAGGACGUCGAGCAAUCUACCACGCCACCCAUCGCGACGCCUACUCUGGUGGUAUUAUCAGAGUGUACCACAUCAGUGAAAAGGGCUGGGUCAACAUAUCCAACGAGGACUGCUCAGACCUACAUUACAAGUACCAAGAGGAAAAGGGGUUGAAAGAUGAUACAUUUUAA